GAUGAGAGAAAUAUGAAUUAUUAAGCAUUCUCCUUGUUCCAUAAAUGUUUAUAGACACUGCACAGUGUGAGCAAGGUGUAAGUAGGGACUCUGGCAAGACUCGCUCUGGAGGCUAAUUUAAAGGGCGAGUCAAAAUCUCGCUCAGAUGCAGUGCUUUAUAGGUCAGUAGUAACAGUAUUUUGUAUUCGAUGUAAGAUUUAAUUGAUCGACUGAUUAAAACAGGUGUGAUGUGAUCACAUUUUCUGGUUUUAGUAAAGACUCUUACUGCUGCAUUUUGCACUUAAUGAAUCACAGGUUUUGUAUGUGAUGGUACAAGUCUGUAUUCCCUUGGUCUUUUGGUGUAGUAGAUCAGCAGUAGUUGCUAAAUUCAUUUGUCUUAUGGCUCUAGCUACAGCACAAUUACCUGUCCAGCCUGGUGGGAGAAAAGAAUAAGCAACAUUACCACAUUGUUCCUGGAGCCGUUAUUGUGCAAAGGGGUAUUGUCAUGCUGGAACAGAUUUUAGUCUCCUAGUUCCUAGUUCCUACUUCUGGUGAAGAACCACGUUUAGCUGGAAAAGUCAUGUGUCCCAACUCCUUUGGGCAGAUUGUGUAUAGUGUUGAUUUGCUACUUGUGCAAAAUCUCCUGAAGGUCUAAAUAAUGGUGACCACUUUCAUUUAUAAAUAAUGUGCCUGACUGGCUUGUAGAACACGAGACUCAGGGUCUUCAAGCCCUGUGAUAGGCAGUGAGUUUCAUUAAAAUAAUUACAACCCCAAUACAGAGAAUGUUGUGACAAGGUGCACAGUGUGAAACAGAAUGCAAUGAUUUCCAAGUGUCAUAAAUUCAUAUUCUAUUCAAUAAAAUAAAUGUAUCUAAUGUUUUGAGUAAGAAUAUAUCAAAUUUUAAUUGAAAAUAAGGUCAUUUUGAAUUUGAUGGCUUCAAGAGAUCUCACAAAAGUUAGUAGAGGGCCAUGUUUACCACUGUGUAGCAUUACACUUUCCAUACAAAUCCGGGAGUUGAGGAGACCAGUUGCUAAAGGUUUGGUAUAGGACUGUUGUCUCAUAUGUGUCUGAUACAGGAUUCUAGCUGCUCAACAGUUCUGGGUGUCAUUUGUUGUGUUUUUCAUUUCAUAAUGCACCAAAUAUUUUUAAAUGGUGAAAGGUCUAGACUGCAGGCAGGCCAGUUCAGCCCCUAGGACUCUUCCACUAUGAAGUCUUGAAAUUGUAAUAGAUGCAGUUUGCAGUUAGCAUUGUUUAAAUAUGCAAUGGAAGCGAUUUUUGCUCUAAAACCUGUAUAUACUUUCAGCAUUGAUGGAGCUUUUUAAAAUGUGCAAGCUGCCUAUUCCACAGGAACUAAUGACAAGCCUGACGGUCCCUCUCCUCUUUGUGGUGUCCAUGGUUUGCUAAAAGAAAUACAGAUUUUGAUUCUGACCACAGAACAGUUUUCCACUUUGUCUCUGUUUAUUUGAAAUGAGCUUUGGCUCAGAGAGGAUGGAGGUCUUUCUGGAUCAUGUUCACUCAUACCUUCUUCUUUGCACAAUAGACCUUUAUACGGAAACUGCUGCAGAUUCAGAUGGAGGAAUAUCAGGCUCUGUGUAUCAAAUCAGCACUGUGGAUGAACAAACACACGUAAAGAAGGCUGAACCUGAUGAUGAAGGCUAUGUCUAUGGUGAAAUUCCAGGUGAAGAAACACCAGACCCUGAGGGACACAUUAACCUCGUGGAUGAACAGAAAUAUUUAAAAAAAGAAGAACCUGAAAAUGAAGACUAUCUCUGUGGAGAAACAUCAGGCUCUAUUGACACCAUAGACCUAAUGAGUGAAUUUCAUAUCAAACUUAUAAAAGAGGAAGAGUCUGAAGAAGAAGACUUUCCCUGCACAACACCAGAGUGGGGCUGCCACUCCAAGGAAUAUGGGAGACUGAUAAAUUCAGGAGAGACGAUGUAUCAGAAUGUUCUGCCAGCAAGUAGCCCCAGUAUUGAGCAAGACAUCUACCAGUGCUUUCAUUGUGAGAAGAGUUUUACUGGCCAGAAGAAUCUCAAAAGACACCUGCGCAUUCACACAGGAGAAAAACGCCAUCACUGCUCAGAGUGUGAGAAGAGUUUUGUUCGACAGAGCGAUCUCCAGAUACACCUGCGCAGUCACACAGGUGAGAGGCCACAUCACUGCUCAGAGUGUGGGAAAGGUUUUGCCCAGCACAGCAAUCUCCAAAGACACCAGCGCAUUCAUAAUGGAGAAAAACCGUAUCACUGCUCAGAGUGUGGGAAGAGAUUUAAACAACAGAGUCACCUCCAGACUCACCAGCACAUUCACACAGGAGAGAGACCGUAUUACUGCUCAGAGUGUGGGAAGAGUUUCAUUCAACAAAGUAACCUCCAGACUCACCAACGUGUUCAUACCGGAGAGAAACCGUAUCAGUGCUCAGAGUGUGGAAAGAGUUUUGCCAGACAGAGUAUUCUCAAACAACAUCAACGUGUUCACACAGGAGAGAAGCCCUAUCACUGUUCAGAUUGUGGGAAGAGUUUUAUUCAACGAGGCGAUCUCCAGACUCACCAGGUCAUUCACACAGGAGAGAAACCGUAUCACUGCUCAGACUGUGGGAAAAGUUUUGGGCAUCCCAGUAGUUUUAAACGACACCAACAAGUUCACACGGGAGAGAAGCCUUAUCAGUGCUCACAGUGUGGGAAGAGUUUUAAUCGCCAGAGCACUUUCAAAGCGCACCAAGUCACUCACACAGGAGAAAAGCCUCAUCACUGCUCACAGUGUGGAAUGAUGUUUGCCCAUCACAGCAGUCUCCAACGACACCAACGCAUUCACACAGGAGAGAAACGCUAUCACUGUUCAGAGUGUGGAAAGAGUUUCGUUCAACAAAACGAGCUCCAGACUCACCAGGUCAUUCACACAGGAGCGGUAUAUGACCUUCGAGUCAUGCCGUUUGAAAUCUGAACUUAAAUGCACAAUAAUUGAACUGUGCAUUUUGUGGUUUUGCAGAGAGCAAUCCAAAUUCUAAAAUCUGUCGAAUGCUAUAAAUGGGGAUAUAUAUAUGUGAUUAUCUAAAUGUCAAAAUGAACUGAUAAUUCAGUCUGUAUCUAGAACUGUUUCCUUUUCACUCUUUAAAAUGAGAUACUUUGGAAACCGUCACUGGUUCAGCAAGGGUGAACAAAGACUGCCUACUGAUACAGUUAACAGAGGUGCGAGUGAUGGAGAGAUCCAGCAGGGGGUGCUGUGAACAUUAAGUCCACUGUUAAGUGUCGAAGAGCAGUCCAGCUAAAUGCCCUAGAGCCCACAGUGACUAAACAAAAACAAGGUACAACAAGGGAAAUUGAUGAACAAUAUAAAGAAGAGAUUUGAAGGUGCAAGAGCUGCUCGAUGGAGGAGGUUCUAGUAAUAAUACGGGCAGCUGAGUUCUGGACCAACUAAUGAUUAUGAAGGAGUUUGUGAGGAAACGCAAACAGAUGAGAUUUUCCAACAAUCAAUGCACGAUAUUUGGAGGUCACUCGGUGCAGCUGGGGACGGUUUCUCUUCAAUGCCUUGGGUGGUUCCAUGAAAUUCCAGAGUAAGAACGGGAGCUUUGAGGAUGGAUUGGACUGUAGUUAGUCAACAGUCUGCUGUGUACAGUCUACAUUAAAUCAGGACUACAGUUUGCUUCUGAUCACCAUCACUGUACCCCCCCAAACAUCGUAUAUCUGUAAUAAAUGGACAUUUGGUGCAACCCAGAUGAGGAUGGUUUCCCUUUCGAGUCUGGUUCCUCUCAAGGUUUCUUCCUUAUGCCAUCUCAGGAAGUUUUUCCUUCACCACAGUCACCACCGGCCGCUCAUCAGGGACAAACCCAGACUCUUUACCUAAGAACAUGUAGAAGUAAAGGAGUUUAUUUGCGUUUUAUGUAAAGUUUCAAGAAUUCCUUUUAAAAGGAGAAAUUCCUGACAAUUCCGUAUAUCGAGGAAGUGAAUGAAUGAAGGAUCGAAGGAAUGAACUCAUUUAUGAAUAAAUACAUUUAAUGAAUAAAAAAUGCAUGUAUGCAUUUAAGAAACACACAAGAUAGUUCACGUAUGCGGAAUUAAGCUGAACAGUUAAUAGAACAGGUUUAAAAAAAAAACACACUUAUACACAUCUGUAUUACUCAAAUGGGGUCUAACAAAUUAUUAAAUUCCAUUUUUUCACUGAUUUAACUUUAUCGGUUUCAUAAUCUAAUUUAAUCACACGCAAUUUAAUCAGUUUAAUAAGUGUAUUGCGUUCAUUUGAAUGAUUUUAUUUAAUUUUGAUAUAUUUUAUUUAUUUAAACCAUUUUAUUUAAAAUUGUUUAAAAAAAUGUAACCUGUUGAUGUUCACAAAUGUUAAUAAUA